AUGACGAAUCAAAUUCAAUUGAAGGUGCUAUAUGUAGUAUGCUUGAUCUUGUGUAUGAGCUUGACAAAGAACUGUGAUGCUCGUAUUCUUAAACAAGAAAACAGUGAGUCAAAUGAGAAGAUACUAGAUUUCUCACAAUUUCCAUCCUCAAACAAUCUUUUUGGAGGUUUUCCUUUUCCAGAUUUUCCUAUUCCUGGUUUCCCUAAUCCCCCAAGCUCAGAAUCUGGCCCUCCAAAUGUUCCUAGUUUUCCUUUUCCAGGUAUUCCUGAUAUCCCAUUACCCAAUAUUCCUGGUUUUCCAUUUCCAUUUCCACCAUUUGUUCCCGGGGAACCUGUAGAAGGUCCAGUUGAAGCACCAAGUCCCAGCGCUGUGCUCGGGAGUGAUGAGUCCUAG